AUGGUUCAGGAUCGUAAUGACUUGUUAAGAGCUACAUUUGUGGCUGAGAACUGUGGGAACAAGUUUUCAUCAGAUGUAGAUCAGCCGAUGCACAAAGAAAGACUUGAGGAGGAGUUACAACAAGAAGGAGAAGCAUUGAAACGUUUUGUAUGUAAUCUAGUGAGACAUAUGAGAGUUCAUAAAAAGGAGAAUCCAUAUAACUGUGAGAUUUUCAACAAAGGAAUAUCUGAGAAAGGUCAUCUAUUAAUGCAUAUGAGAGUGCAUACAAAGGAGAAGUCAUACAGUUGUGAUAUCUGCAACAAGACCUUCUCACGGAAAGCUCAUGUAGUGAGCCAUAUGAAAGUACAUACAAAGGAGAAACCAUACAGAUGUGAUAUCUGCAACAAGGCCUUCUCACAGAAAACUAGUCUAGUGAACCAUAUAAGGUUACAUACAAAGGAGAAGCCAUACAGCUGUGAUAUUUGCAAUAAAGCCUUCUCACGGAAAAAUAAACUAGUCAAUCAUAUGAGAGAACAUACAAAGGACACGCCAUAA